UAAAUUUAUUUAUUGCAUACGCCUCCGGCUGAUCUUUCUCCCUGCGGAGUAGUAUGCAAAAAAAAACCAUGUGUAAACUGUAAAGGUCGUUACUUUAGCAUCUGGGCGUCGUCGCCUAAACGAGGGGUUGGCUUGCAUAUGCGAGGAUAGUGAGAAGGGAAUCAACAAAGAGAAUGCCGUUCAUAUCCAAGAUACAGAGGCAAUCAGACUACAAAUCCUUCCCCCCCAGUCACCCCAUCGUCAUUGACAAUGGUGCUUCAUAUUUUCGUAUUGGAUGGGCUGGAGAGAGUGACCCUCGUGUUAUCUUUAGGAACAUUAUUCAAAGGCCUCGCCACAAAACAACAGGCGAAACUGUCACUAUUGUUGGCGAUCAUAAUCCCGCACUAUUAAAAUACUUUGAUUGCACACGUUCAGGACCCCGUUCUGCAUUUGAUAACAAUGUUGUAUAUCAGUUCGAGAUAAUGGAAUACAUUCUUGACUUUGGGUUUGAUCGAUUAGGUGCAGAUCAGCCUCAGGACAGAUCAACCAUCCCAUUUUAAUUACUGAGUGCGCUUGCAAUCCUGUUCAGUCUCGUGGUAAAAUGGCCGAGUUACUUUUUGAGUCCUAUGGAGUACCCUCUAUAGCAUUUGGAGUAGAUGCUGUAUUCAGUUAUAAAUAUAAUCAACAGCUUGGAAUUUGUAAUAAUGAUGGCCUUGUGAUCUCGUCAGGGUUUAAUACCAGCCAUGUUAUCCCGUUUGUCAAUGGAGAACCUGUAUACGAGGCAUGCUGCCGGACAAAUGUUGGUGGAUAUCACGUCACUAAUUAUUUAAAACAACUUCUUUCCCUUAAGUAUCCUCAUCACAUGCUUAAGCUUACAUGGGAGAAGGUUGAAGACUUGAAGAUGGAACACUGCUACAUUGCAGCAGAUUAUACUUCAGAGGUCAGAAUGUUUCAGAAAGGAGACAAGAAAGCCGAAGAAAAGACUAGAUGUUGGCAGCUCCCUUGGACGCCAUCACUAGUUGAAGAGCCCCCAUCCGAAGAAGAAAUUGCUAGAAAAGCAGCUUUGAAGGAGAAACAAAGCCAAAGGUUGCGGGAGAUGGCUGAAGCAAAGAGAACCUCUAGAAUAAAUGAACUUGAAAAUGAAUUAAAAGGUUUGGAACUCCUCUUAAAGGAGCUCAACCAGGUUGAGGAGGAGGAUAUUCCUUCUUUUGUUGCAAGUAGGGGCUACGCCUCUAAACGAGAAGUUGAAUCUGCAAUAUCAAAGGCAACUCAGUCUUUGAGAAAAGCCAAGGGUGAACAAGCUCCAAAUGAAGACAAAGUUGAGGCUUCUGCAGCCGAAAAGUAUUAUCUCAUUGAUGUUCCCGAUGAUCUACUUUCAGCUGAGCAGCUCAGGGAGAAAAGGAAGCAGGUCUUUAUGAAGGCAACCACUGAGGCACGGGAGCGCGCUAAGCAGAAGCGUAUGGUAGAGGAAUUAGAAAGAGAAAGGGAGAAGAAACUAGAAGAAGAAAGGCGCUUAGAAAACCCAGAGCGUUAUUUGGAGCAGUUGCGCACUAAAUACAAUGAGCUUUCAAGUAAAGUUGAGCAGCGGAAACGUCUCAAGGUGAAUGGCGAUAAUGGAAACCAAAAUGUCUCUGGAGGUGUUGGCCGAGGUGAAAGGCUGAGUGCCCAGCAAAAAGAGAGGAUGCGCUUGCUAACCACAGCAGCAUUUGAUCGAGGGAAGGGUGAAGAUACUUUUGGUCAGAAAGAUGAAGACUGGCAACUUUACAAGCUAAUGAGCAGAGAUAAUGAUGACGGUGAUGAUGAGAAGCCAGAUCCAGAUGAAACAGAGUUGACUCGCAUUUCUUCUAGACUUCAAGAAAUAGACCCAAAUUUUUUCCCUAAAUCUGAAUCAGGACCCUCCUCUGUCUCAGAGCCACCCCGUUUUCGUCCUCUCUCAAAGGAAGAUUUUCAGAUCAUUGUCGGGGUAGAAAGAUUCAGGUGUCCAGAAGUCCUAUUCAGCCCCAACUUAAUUGGAAUUGACCAAGCAGGGCUGGAUGAAAUGGUUGGUGUGUGCACAAGGAGGUUGGCUCCAUAUAAGGCGGAGAGGGAUAUGGUGGAAUCAGGUUCCUUGGAGGACAGGAUGACAAAUUCAAUCCUUUUGACUGGCGGGAGCUGUCUUUAUCCUGGCAUGGCGGAACGGCUGGAAGCCGGAAUUCGGAUGAUAAGGCCGUGUGGAACACCUAUACGUGUUCUUAGAGCAUCUGAUCCCAUUUAUGAUGCUUGGCGUGGUGCUGCUACUUAUGCUGCUUCCCAGCGAUUCCCACACCAGACUUUCAGUAAGAUGGACUAUUACGAAAAGGGUGAAGAUUGGCUUCGUUGGUACGUGUUUAGAUACACGCCGUAGUUUUCUUAUUUAUUUGUUUAUUUAUUUAUUUGUAGGGGUAUAAGUGUAAACUAAUCAAUGAAAGACCCAUCUGCACUCUCCAACAACCCUUUGUUUUCCUCGUAACACCCUUAUACUUCAAAUGCUAGCUGGUUUGGUCCAUGUAAUGGAAUAUGAAUUGUCCUUGUUCUAGAAGGAAGCAUAUGCUCUAUCGAGCUGAAUUCCUAUUCAUUAAUGUCAUACUACUUUCUCUCUGUCG